UGGCCCUGAGGCGGCUGCGUGGCCCCGGCCCGCCGCGGCGGCUGGGGGGCGUCGGGGGCGUGUGGUGUGGGGCUUCGGGGCGCGGGACGCGGCUGGGCUGGCGACGAGGGGACUGGGGGCCUCGCGCGGGGGGCGAUGCGGGCGGCGGGCCCGAGAGUGGCCGAGUGCGCAGCGCGGUGGGGACCCAGAACCCAUCCUGAGAAUUAGCAAUACAAAGAAGACCUGAUGCCACCGCUCCAGGUUGUCCCCAGCCGGUUAAUUUCCCAGUUGUGCUGUAGAUUGAAACCUCCAGCCUCCAGAGGAACCAAGAUUUGCCCAGUGAUGGCUCGGCCAAGUUCAAGUAUGGCAGAUUUCCGGAAGUGUUUUGCACAAGCAAAGCACAUAGUCAUCAUUUCGGGGGCCGGUGUCAGCGCCGAAAGCGGAGUCCCGACUUUCCGAGGGGCCGGAGGUUACUGGAGGAAGUGGCAAGCUCAGGACCUGGCCACCCCUGAGGCCUUUGCCCGCAACCCCUCCCGGGUGUGGGAGUUCUACCACUACCGGCGGGAGGUGAUGCAGAGCAAGGAGCCCAACCCUGGGCACCUGGCCAUCGCCGAGUGUGAGGCCCGGCUGCACGGCCAGGGCCGCCGCGUCAUGGUCAUCACCCAGAACAUCGACGAGCUGCACCGCAAGGCUGGCACCAAGAACCUUCUGGAAAUCCACGGCAGCCUGUUUAAGACUCGAUGCACCUCUUGUGGAGCCGUGGCCGAGAACCAUAAGAGUCCGAUUUGCCCAGCUCUCUCAGGAAAAGGUGCUCCAGAACCUGAAACUCAGGAUGCCAGAAUCCCAGUGGAGAAACUUCCCCGGUGUGAAGAAGCAGGCUGCGGGGGCCUACUGCGACCUCACGUCGUGUGGUUUGGAGAAAACCUGGAUCCUGUGGUCCUGGAGGAGGUUGACAGAGAGCUCGCCCUCUGUGACCUGUGCCUAGUGGUGGGAACGUCCUCUGUGGUCUACCCAGCUGCCAUGUUUGCCCCCCGAGUGGCUGCCAGGGGGGUGCCAGUGGCCGAAUUUAACAUGGAGACCACGCCAGCCACAACCAGAUUCAGAUGGACGUCAGGCCUCCCUCUCGGCUGCGUCAUGGCACCUAGCGUGGCUGCUGGGCUUCCCAGCAUCCUGGAAGGCAGUCCAGAGCAGGCAGCGCAGGCCCCGGGUCCGUCUGAGAGACAGAGUCCUGCCAGGGCUGGGCUGAAGAAGCUUCUGGAGCGGCACACCCCCGGUCUCCCACUGCCGCCUUCUGCCGUGGUUUACCUUCAUCCCCAGGAGAACGAAGAAUGGAAACAAAUCGUCAUGAUGAAAAGUUUCACUUCCAAGGACCCUGCGGGACGACCCUCCCCGAAGCCCUUGCCCGUCACGAAACAGAAGCUGGCUCGUAGGUGUCCUGGGAAGAAAGACGAAAUCACAGUACAGACGAGAACCAGGCCGCAGACCCGGGAGAGAUGGACUUGCGGACGGGUGGUGAGCCUACUGCUGGAGAUCUGAACAUGCCCUCUGAUUCCAAUCUGUUAGAAGUUAGCAGCAGCAAACCUGUUAGGGAGAACAAAAUCCGAGAGCUUCGAAGCUGAUGCAUGUUACUCGGGUGGAACUUAAACACGCGCAUUGUUGUGUUUGGCUGGCUGUGGGGGAGGCAAAACAGAAUCUGUGAUUAGGUGAUCUAAAAUGUAAUUAUCCUGAUUGCGUUUUUGCUCUCUGGGCAAAGAUGACAAGGUAAAAUCCGAACAUUGGUUCUAAUUUUCACAUAAGCUUGGAUGAAAAAUAAAGCCGGGCACUGCA